AGGUGACGAUAUUCUGUCGCUCUUUUGUGACGUAGGUCCCGCGCGACUAAAACGUAAAUCGUUCAUCAGCGGCCUGUGUUUUCACUUGAGCGCUGCAAUUUUUUCUCUUUGGUAAAGGACUUAUCAACAUAGUCCAUUACCAUCAUGAAACUAGUUCGGUUUUUGAUGAAGCUCAGCCAUGAGACGGUCACCAUUGAACUAAAGAAUGGCACCCAGGUCCAUGGCACCAUCACAGGUGUUGAUGUGAGCAUGAACACUCACUUGAAGGCGGUGAAAAUGACCUUGAAAAACAGGGAGCCGACUCAGCUUGAGUCAUUGAGUAUCCGUGGCAACAAUAUCCGCUACUUUAUUUUGCCCGACAGCCUCCCACUGGACACUUUGCUGGUCGACAUAGAGCCAAAGAUCAAGUCCAAGAAGAGAGAAGCAGUGGCUGGACGGGGACGGGGCAGAGGACGAGGACGUGGCAGAGGAAGAGGGCGAGGCCGAGGUGGUCCAAGGAGAUGAUCACCAGAUCAUACAUGUUUCUCGUCACCCCACUGUUUGUACAGGAUUUUUUUUUGUUUCACAGAGGAAAUGGUUUGUGAACUUGUCACCAUGUUUUUUUCCCCCUAAUUUUGUACAUUAAAAUGCUCCUUGUGAAGAGGAUAAA